AUGUCAAGUCUUUGGAGCACAGUCUUGUGCACAGCACUGACUGCCAUUAUCUGGCGACUACUCUACCGACUCUGGUUCCACCCUCUUGCCCACUGCCCGGGGCCUAGAUUGGCCGCAGUGUCAAACCUGCCGUACGUCAUUUGGACAAUCUCGGGGCAACUUCAUCGGCGACUUCGAGAGCUUCACGACCAAUACGGUGAGGUGGUGCGCAUCCGCCCCAAUGCCCUUACCUACAGGUCCCCGCAGGCCUGGAAGGAUAUCUACGGUCACCGGAAUUCCGGGAUGCUGCCAUUCAGCAAAGAUCCUGAAUUUUACAUGCCAGCCGCACCGGGCCAAUCUCAUAUGAUCAAUGCCAACGAGGCAGACCAUUCCCGACAGAAAAGGCUCCUCAGCCACGCAUUUUCUGAGCGCGCUUUGCGGGACCAAGAGCCAUUGAUUAUGUCCUACAUUGACCUCUUUAUCAAACAGCUACGAGGCAAUGCCAAUCGUGGGGAGAAGGUCAAUUUGGAAGAGUGGCUCAACUUUCUGACCUUUGACAUCAUCGGAGAUUUGGCCUUUGGCGAGCCCUUCGGGUGCCUGGAGGGCUCCGAGUAUCACCCUUGGGUCGCUACCAUCUUUCAGAGCAUCAAGACUGGAGCCUUCCUGCGGGCAUUGUCUGUUUAUCCAUUUCUGGCUGCACAAAUUCGCAAAAUCAUGCCGAAGCGGUUGAUCCAAAAGCGAAUAGCACACUACCAGAUGAGCAAGGACAAGGUGACACAGCGCCUUGCAACCGAAACAACUCGGCCUGACUUCAUCUCGUACAUUCUCAGGUACAACGAUGAGCGCGGUAUGCAACGUCCGGAAAUUGAGGUAAAUGCUGGAAUCAUUAUACAGGCCGGCAGCGAGACUACAGCGACAGUUCUGUCUGCUUGUCUUUACUACCUGCAGAAACAUCCAGUGUGCUGGCGAAGGGCUAUUGAGGAGGUGCGGACGUCUUUCCAUGCAGACAGCGAUAUCACUUUCUUUGCUGCAAGCCAGCUGCCCUAUGUAGGUGCCAUCAUUGAGGAAAGCUUGCGUUUGUUUCCACCAGCACCUGGCCUUGGUCCUCGGUUGGUGCCAAGGGGUGGCGCCGCGGUUGAUGGGAAAUUCGUCCCAGAAGGGGUUUCUGUGUCCGUGCCACAUUACUCUACUUUCCGUGGGCACACGAACUUUGUUGAGCCAGAUUCGUUCCUCCCAGAACGGUGGCUAGAAGGCAAUAAUGACGCAAGCCAGUUCGCUUCUGACCGGCGUGAAGCACUGCAACCAUUCUCAUUUGGGCCACGUGCCUGUAUUGGUCGAAAUCUUGCAUAUGCGGAAAUGCGAACUGUAUUGGCCAAGAUCCUUUGGCAUUUUGAUGUCUCUCUGCAGCCCGAGUCGUCUCAUUGGGAUGAGGCCAGAAGCUAUAUCGUCUGGGAAAAGGGUCCGCUGUGGGUUCGCUUGAAAGAUAUUGCCGGGGCUAGGAACGAUAGCCUCGUGGAGGUAGGCUGA